UUUUCAACUUUGUAGAAGGAAAACGGAAAGUUAUGAAACGGCACCGUAUCACCGCGCGGUCUGCCUCCUCUUCUAGCAAGCAAAAACCGGAGUAGAAAGAACUCGAAGUAACUAAAAUUAAAAUAAAAAAUAGCGGAAACCAAAAUUCUCUGGAAGACAGUUCAGAAGCUGCUGCUGCUGCUUCUUCUUCUUCUUCUUCCUCCAUCGCCACACUCCAAGAACUUGUUCUCUACCAAAUCCUGAAGCAAAGACUCUGAUAGAGAUCAAUAAACCCCUCUCGCCGGCCGGUAAUUUCUCUUUUCUCACAGUUUCCCAGUUCACCGAAGUUCGCCCAACCAUGAUGCUCAGAAUCCGCAGCCGGGACGGCCUUGAGCGCGUCUCCGUCGACAACUCCUGCACCACCGUCGGCCACCUCAAAACCCUAAUUCAAUCCCAGCUCCAAAUCCCCAUCCACAACCAAACCCUCUCCACCAACCAGAACCUGCUUCUCGCCAAAUCCCCAACCGAUCUCCUCAAAUUCGUCGACAUGGCCGACCCGGCCACGCCGCUCGCCGCCCUCAACCUAGCCCACGGCUCCAUCGUGUUUCUGGCAUACGAGGGUGAGAGGAGCAUUGCCGGCCCCGCCGUCUCCCCGGCCGGAUCCUUCGGGCGGAAGAUGACCAUGGACGAUCUGAUCGCCAAGCAGAUGCGGGUCUCCAGGCAGGAGAACCCGCACUGCGAGUCGGUUUCCUUCGAUCGCGACUCCGCCAAUGCUUUCCAGCACUACGUCAAUGAGACGCUCGCUUUCGCGGUGAAGAGGGGCGGGUUCAUGUAUGGGACGGUCUCGGAGGACGGCAAAGUUGAGGUGGAUUUCAUAUACGAGCCGCCUCAGCAAGGGACUGAGGAAGUUCUGUUGCUUUUGAGGGAUUCCAAUGAAGAAAAAGCCGUCGAUGCUAUUGCGUCUGGGUUAGGGAUGAGGAGGGUUGGGUUCAUAUUCACGCAGACCUUAGCGCAGGAUAAGAAAGAUUACACCUUGUCCAACAGAGAGAUUCUGCAAGCUGCCGAGCUCCAUGCCGAGAGCGAGUUGAAGGAGUGGGUGACUGCGGUGGUGAAGUUGGAGGUGAACGAGGAUGGUGGUGCUGAUGUUCACUUUGAAGCAUUUCAGCUUAGUGAUAUGUGCAUCAGGCUAUUUAAGGAGGCGUGGUUUGAGACUGAGAUUGGGCAGGAUGUGGAUCCUAAGCUAUCGAUCAUGAAGAAGGAUGUCGUUGUGGGCGUGAAAGAUGUCAAGGAGGUCGACAACGAUUUCUUCUUGGUUGUGGUAAAGAUUUUGGAUCACAUGGGCCCUCUUUCAUCAACAUUCCCUAUCGAGAACAGGGCCACCCAAGUGACAAUGAGGGCACUGAAGAGUCACCUCGAACGCGCGAGGAGCCUUCCAUUUGUGAAGAGGAUAUCCGAUUUCCAUCUGAUGCUAUUUCUUGCUAGGUUUCUCGACCUAAACUCCGAUGUCCCUGCCCUUGCAGAGUGUGUCCUAACACAAACGGCGGUUGCAGAAGAGUUUGACUUUCCGGUUGCUUUCCCUUCAUGUGAUAUUGGUGGGGGGAAGAUAAUGUUGUCGAGAGUGGAGAAUGGGAAAAAGACUAGGGAGGAAGCAGGGGAUGAGACUUUGUUGAAUGAUUUGCAAACUAUAAGUAAAGCUCUGUACCUUGACAAACAUAAACCCUCGAGGACGUUACUUCCUACGGCCAGUAGCCUAGCAAAAGCAACUGGGAAGCCGCCUGCGGUGGAUCCCAGAUCGAAGCUCAAGCCUGGGUCGGUAGCUAAUGAAGACUCGUCGCGCAAGGACAAGAAGUCCAUAUGGAACUGGAAGGCAUCGUUGAAGGCGCUUUCUGGGGCUAAGAACAGAAAGUUCAAUUGUUGUUUCUCUCUGCAUGUCCAUUCCAUUGAAGGGCUUCCUUCGAGUUUCAACGGUGUCAGUUUAUGUGUGAACUGGAAGAGGCGGGAUGGAGAGCUGGUCACGAGUCCUGUUAAAGUCUAUGAAGGUGUUGCAGAGUUUGACCUGAACUUGUCACACAUUUGUCUGGUUUACGGGAGCAGGAGUGGUCCCCGCCAUUCAGCAAAGUAUGAAGCAAAGUAUUUCUUCGUAUUUGCAACUGUGUUUGGUAUGCCUGAGGUUGAUUUGGGGAAGCACAGGGUUGACCUUACGAGGUUGCUUCCUCUCACAUUGGAGGAAUUGGAUGGAGAGAAAAGCUCUGGAAAGUGGACUACAAGUUAUAAGUUGUCAGGAGAUGCUAAGGGUGCAGUGAUGAAUGUGAGUUUUGGGUAUACAGUUGUUGGAGCGGGCCUGACUGGAAAUGGUCAGUAUGUUCCUGAGUCAUUAAGUAGCAAAAGGAAUAAUCUGGCAACAGCAAAAACAAUGCCCAAAAAGGCCCCAGCUGUAGGCAAGGUUGCCUUACGUCGACAUGAAAGUCUUACCACCACUUCUAACUCACACUUUGCUGGCAAGUCUCGAUCCCCGGGAAAGGUAAAAGAUCUUCAUGAAGUUAUGGCUCACAAAAAGCUUGAUGUAGAAGCAACUAGAAACAUGGCAAAUGAGAGAUUUGAAGAAGACAAGCUAGAUGCUCCAGCCAGAGAAAAUGAGCUUGAUAACCUGCAGUUUCCUUCUCUAUCUGAAUCUAGCAAAACAAAUGCUGAAAGUGGAAUCGAGAAUAGCGAAUUUUCUCUAAUUGAAGAAGGGAAGGAGUUGCCAGAUGAGAGCAAGACGACCAAUUACCACACCCUGAAGGAUGCUGGUGUCUCUACUGCAGAAACUGAAUCUGAUAGCAAUCUUAAGGCAGUGGAGGAAGAGUGUACUGAUCUUCAUGCUGGCGGUACAGGAAAGAGUGGUCAUACUAAAGAUGAACCUUUGACCCAUGAUUCUGACUCUGAUGACGAUCUAUGCUCAAAAGAGUCUGUUAUGAAAGAGCUAGAGUCUGUGUUAAAUCGUGUUUCAAAUUUGGAAAUUGAAGCACUUUAUUCUUCUGAUGGAACAGAGGAUCAUGGGGAACUUGAAAGUGACUAUCAAGCCGACAGGACCGAAAAGUCAAUUAACACGGAUGAUGCUGAAGAUAUUGCAAAUGAAUUUUUAGAUAUGCUGGGAAUUGAGCAAAGUCCAUUUGGAUUGAGUACUGAGAGUGAACCUGAGUCCCCAAGGGAGCAAUUGUUAAGGCAGUUCGAGAAUGAUGCCUUGGCUGGUGGAUUUUCUUUGUUUGAUUAUAAUUCAGAUGAUUGGGAUCAGCUAGAGAGCAGCUAUGAUGGGUUUAUGGAGCCAGGAGAAUCUCCAGGUGGGUUUGAUCUGUCAUCAUUUAUUGAUGAUGCAGAAGAAGAAAAUGAGAUAGGAACUCACCCUACGAAUUGCAAGAUUAGGCCCAAGAUCUUAGAGGACGUUGAGACAGAGGCUUUAAUGCAUGAAUGGGGCUUGAAUGACAAGACAUUUGAGUGUUCUCCACCUAAGAGUUAUGGUGGCGGCGUUGGAGGUCAAACUGGUACAUCUCCAGAAGUUCCACUUGAAUUACCUUCUCUUGCUGAAGGUUUAGGCCCAUUUCUCCAAACAAAGAAUUGUGGAUUUGUACGAUCUAUGAGUCCUUCACUCUUCGAAAGUGCCAAAACUGGUGGAAGCUUGAUCAUGCAGGUUUCUAGCCCUGUUGUGGUACCUGCAGAGAUGGGCUCUGACGUUGUGGACAUACUCCAGCAACUUGCUUCGGUCGGAAUUGAAAAGCUCUCUAUGCAGGCAAAUAAGCUAAUGCCUUUGGAGGAUAUCACUGGGAAAACAAUGCAGCAAGUUGCUUGGGAAGCUGCAGGUGCUAUAGAGGGACCUGAAAGGUGGAAUACGUCCCAGCAGAAGAAGCAUGAUACAGGACAUGAGUGGUCAUCAGAUGGGGCUGAAAAUGUUCUGGGGAAAAAAUCUGUUCCACGUAGAACUGCUACUACUAAGUCCAAAUCUAGACCAAAAGAAAAUGACGUUGGCUUAGAGUAUGUAUCUCUAGAAGACCUCGCACCUUUAGCUAUGGAUAAGAUUGAAGCACUCUCAAUGGAAGGUUUGAGAAUACAGUCUGGCUUGUCAGCCGAGGAGGCACCCUCAAACAUCUCUGCACACUCCAUAGGAGAGAUCUCAACUCUCCAGGGCAAGGCUGGUGUUCAUACUUCUGGGUCCCUUGGUCUGGAGGGAACUGGUGGAUUGCAAUUGAUGGAGGUAAAAGAAAACGAUGAUGGUGAUAUCGACGGCUUAAUGGGUCUUUCUUUAACUCUUGAUGAAUGGAUGCGCUUGGACUCCGGCGACAUUGGCGAUGAAGAAGAUCAAAUAAGCGAACGAACUUCUAAGAUACUCGCGGCCCACCAUGCCAGCUCACUGGACACACUGCGUGGUAGGUCCAAGGGAGACAGCAGAAAGCGUGGCAAAAAGUGUGGUUUGCUUGGUAAUAACUUUACUGUAGCGUUAAUGGUUCAACUUCGUGAUCCUCUAAGGAACUAUGAGCCUGUAGGAACCCCGAUGCUUGCUCUUAUUCAGGUAGAGCGGGUGUUCAUCCCUCCAAAGCCGAAAAUCUACUGCAAGGUGGCAGAGCUAAGGAAUAAUAGCAAUGGGGAGGAGGACGAGUCUGAUGAUGAGUUACUAACAUCUAACGCUGCAAACAGGGAUAAAUCAGGUGGUGAAGUGGAAGGAAUACCCAAGUUCCAAAUCUCCGAAGUACAUGUGGCCGGUCUGAAGACCGAGCCUGAGCCCGACAAGAAGAAGCCCUGGGGUACGCCGUCGCAGCAACAGGCUGGUUCUCGCUGGCUGCUUGCUAAUGGAAUGGGCAAGGGCAGUAAGAACUCAUUUAUGAAGUCGAAAGGUGGCACUUCAGGUGAUAGUUUGUGGAGCGUGUCGUCCAAGGGAGACAGAUUGAAACAGGUGGGAGCAGCAAACCAGCACAAGAGAAACCCUAAUCUAAUCUUGCCUAAUAAGAAACAGACGAGCUGGUUCAAGUAAGUAGCAGUGGAUCUGCUUUGUGUUCUGCAGCCGUAGAAGGGUGGCGUAUGCACAGAGAGAAGUUGCAGUCUUUUUUUUACCAGGUAGUGAUUUUUUUGCUUUACAGAUCUCAUGUAUAAAAAAGUGCGUGAUCAAAUGAUCAUAUCCUCUUUAAUUCCUAGGCUACUUUUGAUGUGAGAAUGUGCACAUAUGGGUUUACUGGUGUCUUUUGGGUGGUCUUUCCCUGUAAAUUCAGAGGUUUUGAAGCCUGUUAUACAGAGUGUUGUCUUGACUUGUCUAAAACUUGCCGACUAAGACAGAUUGUAACAUUUCCGAUUAUUUUAGGUUUAGGUUCAACGUAAUAAAUGUAUGUGUUGUGUUGACGAUUA